UUUGCAGUGCCAUCUUUUGUGACAUCACCCGAGUGCCUUCGGCAUAAUUGCACACUUUUAGUCUCAACUUCAUGUCGACCUUUCAUCAACUCAUGACUCUCGACCAAUCUUCUACUAAUUUUACUCAACCGCCCAUUCCGACUGCAGGUCCAGCCACUGAGCCAGAUGGACCUCGUUCUUUUGCAUUUGUUCCUACUCUCGGCAUCUUGGUACCACAUCCUCCGCCUCCAGUAAUUCAGGUUCAACGGCAGGAUACCCUAGGCCAAGAUCCUGCCAACGCCAUUGUUGACGCCUCUGGGUCCGUCGUAGGAAAUUUUAAUACCGGUGCAGGCGCAAAUCAUUAUCCAUCCUCUGCUGGCGUCCCUCGUUUGCCUCCUAUUCUGCAAGUUGAGAAGCAGCAAGUCACCACGUCUGCCACUCAGUUGGCCAGUGCGAGCAGACGAAGGAAUGAGGCCAAUUUCGCUUGCCCAGUUCCGGGAUGCGGCAGCACGUUUACACGUCGAUUUAAUUUAAGAGGUCAUCUUCGGUCCCAUACGGAAGAGCGCCCCUUUGUUUGUGAAUGGCCAGGAUGUAAUAAAGGUUUUGCUCGCCAGCAUGAUUGCAAGCGCCAUCAAGCACUUCAUACCAGCAAACCCCAGUCGAAUGUUUGCCAAGGAUGCAAGAAGACUUUCAGUAGGCUGGAUGCACUUAACAGACAUCUACGCUCUGAUGGCGGGGCAGAAUGUCGCGCUAAACACACUAUGAAAGCUGCCAGUGCUGAUCAGAGUGGUCCUUCACAACUACCUCCGGCUAUCCUGCACAUUCCUCUUCAAACGGCUCAGAGCCCUCCCCAGGUUCCACCGAAGCUCCAAGUCCCGCCCUAGCCAGCUUGAUGUUUUAUCUUUUUCCGGGUCUCCAGUUCUUCGGGUCGAAAUAAAAGUGUAUAUAGUAAUUAGUAGGAGUAUCUUGUCACAUGUACAUAUAAUAAUCACAUGAAGCAUGAAGUUGA